CAACGAUGACGUAAUCAAACGUCGUCGAGUCACGCACACUUUUAAAGAGUGGUCAUGGCGUUAAUGGGGAUAAGCAAUGAGUUUCGGGUUUUUAGCUGUGGUAAAACUUUCAUAGUCAUCAAUAUUAAAGAAUCCAGAGAAGAUAUCAAGCCUUUUAUAUUUGAUUGUAGCACUGUAGAAAAACAGCCUUCAGGUAACAAAAAGGAGGGGGAAGAUGAGCUUGCAGAAGAAAAAGGAAGCAAUGAUAUUUUAGCUUUUUCAUUUUCUGCAUCAGGAAAGUAUUUUGCUCUUACAGAUGACAACAAACGACUCUUCCUUUUCAGUACCAAGCCUUCUUGGCAGUGUCUUUGUGUCAGGUCAGUGGUUCGUCGAUGCUGUUCUUUAACAGUAACUCAUUCAGAAGAUCAGAUUCUAGUGGCAGAUAAAUCUGGUGAUGUGUAUGCCUUCUCAAUUACUGAGCCUCAGAAGCAAGCAGAAUUAAAACUAGGACACCUUUCUAUGUUGCUGAAAGUGGUAGUAGACCCAUCUGAUAAAUAUAUUAUAACAGCAGACAGAGAUGAAAAAAUAAGAAUCAGUUUUUUGAAGACUCCACACAACAUUGAAUCAUUUUGUUUGGGGCACAGAGAGUUUGUAAAUGCUUUGUUGGUUAUCCCCAAACAUCCACAUUUGCUUUUAUCUGGUUCUGGGGAUGGUACGUUACGACUAUGGCAAUACAAAUCAGGCAAGGAAGUUCAGCAGUGGAAUUUAAGAGAACUGACUGGCACUGAUCAAAUAGACCAGAACAAGAAGUUUUCAGUAUCAAAAAUGUCUGUCUCACCAACUGAAGGGUUCAUUGCUAUUUUGUGUGACAGCUUUCCCUUUAUUCACUUGUUUCAAAUGGACGAAAAAAGUGAGCAGCUAAUGUACAAAGAAAUGAUCAGAUUAGAACACAAUUGCUGGGACAUUGCCUUUGAUGAUUCUGGCAGAUUAUGGACGUUUUUGCAGACUGAAACUGCAGUAGUUACACUUUAUCAACUCAAGAACGGAAACUGGCAGCACGUUGAAGAAGACCGGGACCUUAAAAUUGCAAGGAGUGUUUUGUCAAACUAUUGGAAAUUCUUUAAAGAAUCCCUUGGGGCAGAGUCUCAAUACAGCAACCUUUACAAAGUUGUAUUUGACAAUAUGGCUUCUUAUUUGGAGAAGAAGGACAAGCUACUAAUCGAGAAGAAAGAGAGGAAAAGGAAGGGACAAAUGCUAACAUCCAGUAGCUCAAAUAAACAACUAAGAAACUGAUAAAAAAUGUAAGGCAUUUCCCCCCUCCAGGUUCCAUGUCUCUGAACAUGGCUGUUACCACACGUUGUGUGAGAUGUUCCUUAGGGAAUGAUUUUCAAAUUGAGCACUCGUAAUAAUAUAUACACACCCUUUAUUUCCUUGUAUUUAGAAGUCCAUACUGUAAAGCAUGUCAGAUGUUACACAAUCGUGAAUUGAGUACAGUAUGUGACGUCAACAUGAAAGCAGACUCAAUUAAUGCUUUAACCAAAACUUUACAUUUCCAAAAUUUACUUUUUUCCCCAACCCCACAUAUACUGUGGGGUUGACAAACCCUUGUUUAUUAAAAAUAGAAAUAGUUAUCUAAGUUAACAUUUUUUAGUUAACUCUACUUUAGCAUUUUUCUGUUAACUCUACUUUAGCAUUUUUCUAUCGGGGUGUGUCUAAAUAUCUGUUUCCAUAUUUUAUUUACCAAAUAAGUCUUAUUUUCAUGAAAGAGUGCUGUUAGGACAUACUGAAUAUGCCAAGGAUUGUGAGUUUGAGAGAUUUAAAGUGUGUGCUGGGGGGCUAACAGUAGUCGCGGGGGGCAUGAAGCCUGAAGUAAGUCAUUAUGAGAAACAUUCUGUUGGGCAGCCUCACACACCGCAAUGUCCCCCCUGCUUCUGAUUGCUGACUGAAGGGCCUGAAAUGUAAAUAAAAUGAUUUGUGCCUUA